AUGUGUAGCGUAUGCCACGUUGCAACAUCAAAGAACCUGAGCAUAAGCCACACCUGCUGCAGAAGGAGAAAGAGCAAGCAGUGGACGUGGAAGAGCCCAGACGGAAAGGUGAAAAAGGAAAUUGAUUACAUCUUGAUCAAAAGGAGCAUAGCACUCAACUCCGAUGUCAUCCAAAAAGUCAACACUGGGAGCGACCACAGCUUGAUCUGGAAAGCCCAGAGUCAACUAGGAAGCUCUCACAGAAAGGAUGAAUUGCAAAUCAAGCUGCAAAGUCGCUCAGAGAAGAAGCCGAAGACAAAGAUAAAAACGUGGAUGAAAUGGCCAAACGGCUCGACGAGACCAUCAUGGAAUGUGCACACGAAACAGCAGGAAGAGACCGCAAGAACAAGAAGGAAAAGCUCAAAGACCAUCGAACUGCAGAAGAAAACGAGAGAUAAAGCAGAGAAACAACAAACUGCAAGGAAAAAGAUCGAAUACACGGAGCUGUGCAAAACCAUCGGAAGACCAUGA